GGGCCGGGCGCGGCGCGGGGAGCCCGGGCCGAGCCCCGCCGGCGGGGCGGGACGGGGCCGGGCCGCCGGCGCUGCGCCCGGAAGGACGCGGCGUUCGCUGCCCCGUGACCGCGGCCCCGCCGGAGCCGCCAUGGCGGGGGACAGCCCCAGCGCCCUCCCGGUGCAGCUGGUGGAGCAGCCCAGAUUGCAGAAACUGAAGGAGAUGUUUAUAUCAAAGUUUGGAUCAGCUCCCAAGUUUUAUGCUCGUGCACCGGGACGAGUCAACUUAAUAGGAGAACACAUAGACUACUGUGGUUAUGCUGUGCUCCCAAUGGCUAUAGAACAAGAUAUCCUGAUUGCAGUAGAACCUGUACAGUCUCAAGUUGUGCAGCUGGCAAAUACCAAUUCUUCAUAUUUGGAUUUCAGUACUAGUGUUAAUAACAUUCAGAUUCACAAAACCAAACCUCAGUGGCAUAACUACUUCCUGUGUGGAUUGAAGGGUAUUCAGGAACAUUUUGGUCUCAAUAACCCAACUGGAAUGAAUUGUCUGCUAGAUGGAUCCAUCCCUCCAAGUUCUGGUCUCUCUAGCUCCAGUGCUUUGGUGUGCUGUGCAGGACUCGUGACACUCAGAGCUAAUGGAAAAACCCUCUCUAAGGUGGAACUCGCAGAAAUUUGCACCAAGAGCGAACGUUAUAUUGGCACAGAAGGUGGAGGAAUGGACCAGUCAAUCUCUUUUCUGGCAGAAGAAGGAACUGCCAAGUUGAUAGAGUUCAGUCCACUGAGGGCAACUGAUGUUAGACUUCCAAGUGGAGCAACGUUUGUUAUUGCUAACAGUUGUGUUGAAAUGAAUAAAGCAGCAACUUCUCAUUACAAUAUUAGGGUAAUGGAGUGUCGGCUGGCUACAAAGAUGGAAAGCUGCACACACUAUAAAAACACAUUGAGCCAGGAAAAGACUGUCUUUAGGAAGAGGUCACAGUGGGGUGAAGGAGGGCAGCUUCUCUCAAAGUCAAAAGGCUUGGAGUGGAGAAAAAUGUUGAGACUCCAUGAUGUGCAAACCGAGCUAAGAGUUAGCCUAGAGGAAAUGCUGACCAUUGUCGAGGAGGUAUUACAUCCUGAGCCUUACAGCGCAGAGGAAAUUUGUAAAUGCCUGGGAAUUAGCCUGGAGGAGCUCCACUCUCAGAUCCUUAGUCAAAACAUGCAAGAUGUUUCCACCUUUAAGUUAUACCAGCGUGCAAAGCACGUGUACAGUGAGGCUGCCAGAGUGCUGGAAUUUCAGAAGAUUUGCAGCGAAGCACCUGCCAACGCACUCCAGCUGCUGGGGGAAUUAAUGCAGCAGAGCCAUAUCAGCUGCAGGGAGAUGUAUGAGUGCAGCUGUCCUGAACUGGACCGCCUGGUCGACAUCUGCCUGCAAUUUGGGGCCAUUGGGUCACGUCUGACUGGAGCUGGAUGGGGUGGCUGCACUGUGUCAAUGGUGCCUACUGACAAGCUGAACACUUUCCUAAAAAAUGUAAAAAAAGCUUAUUACCAAAAGGAUGGCCAAAGGUUAGCAGUGGAGAAUAAUAGUCUGUUUGCUACCAAACCUGGAAGAGGAGCUUUGGUUUUUGUUGAGGCCUAAAGAACGUAAAAAUUUUAAAGAAACUAUGUAGAGCAUGUAGAACUGGCAGUACUUCCCAUGCCACAGUACAUGAAUGCUUUUUCUGGUUUAUAUUGUAAUGAGCAGUUGCUAUUAUCAAAAUGUAUUUUUGAAGAAGCAAUGAAAAGAAAACUCUUUGAUUAUAAAAGUCUUUUUCCCCCCCAUAUUAAAUAUAUCUUUCAGUAUAAAUAUCGAUUUACUAAAACCUAUUGACAGGGAAAACUGCAAUUGAAAUAAAGAUGAUGAUUUGUUA